UUCUUUCCCCUGUUCAGUGUCCUGUUUUGGUGUCCUGGCUUGCCCCCCCCUUUUGUCGCGCUGCUUUGUCUGCCCACUUUAGUGUCUCGCUUAGGUGUCCUGCCUCGUCCCCCUGUUUUGGUGUCCCUUUUUGUCUCCUCACUUAGGGGUCCAGCUUUCUUCUCCGUGUUCUCCGUAUUCUGAUAUGCCCGGUUCCUCCCUGACUCUGCCUUCAUCUUGGUCAUUAGCAUUCCAACAUGACUUUUCUCCUUUGUGAUUCAUUGCCUCAUUGUAGAGUCAAGGAGCAGGCAGACAGACCCACAGCAGAGCCUUUCUGAGGUCAUUUUACUGCUAUUCAUUGGGCUUCUGACAAAAGCUGGAUUCUGCCUUUUCUUUACAGUGCUGCGGGUCGGUGUGGCCUCUGUCAGGCCGCCUUUACCACUCCGUACAAAUGCUAAUGUGUGUAAUGAAGAUUUCACUGUGUAAUGGCUGAGCCACCCCCCUCACAGGGAGCCCCCUCAACCAGCUGACAGGGUCAGUGUGAGGGGGAGGGGGCUGUGUAGGCGGGGAGAGUCCUUAAAGUCACACCGAGAGGCCUGUGGGAUCACUAGCGGGGAGAAGCAGAGAGCGACGCUCAGCCAGGUCAGAGGUCUCCGUCACCAUGUGGGCUCCCAGGACUCUGUCACUGUGGCUCCUGCCUGGGCUGCUCAGUGCCUCUUCGCUCUUCCUGGAGGGGGACAGGGACUCUUCGCGGAUUUGCAGCCCCCCUCCACGGUGGCAGGUGGAGGGCCAGGCUCCCAUGCAGGAUCACCUGGGGAAGCUGGUGGUGGUGGCUCUGCUGAAGGCCAGCUGACGCUUCUGCCUGACGCAGGCUGCUCGCUUGGGCGACCUGCGUGACAAGCUCCUCCGGGGAGGUCUGAGCAACGUAAGCUUCCUGGUGGUAAAUGAGCGCACCCCCCAGUCCAGAGCCAUGUACUGGGAGAUGAGGAGAAGGACGGCUGCAGGGAUCACUGUCUACCAGCAGGCCCCCCUGCAGGACGAUGUCUGGGAGCUUCUGGAGGGAGACAAAGAUGACUUCCUCAUAUAUGACCGCUGCGGACAACUGACGUUCCACAUCGUGCUGCCGUACAGCUUCCUGCACUACCCCUACGUCGAGGCCGCCAUCAGGGCCACUUAUCAUAAGGACAUCUGUGGCAACUGCUCUGGGAGCUUGAAUGGAACGCAGAAUAGGGACAUGCAACCAGGCAUGAACCUGACAGGUGGCCUUGAGGGAGUAGGUGACGCCACCCUGAUGUCCCUGCCAGAGCCUGCAUCGCCUAAUGCCUCACACACCCUGGGGGGGGAGCCAAAGCCACAUCAUCACCAUACACACACCCAUGGGGAGGGGCCAAAGCCACAUCAUCACCAUACACACACUCAGGGAGAGGGGCCAAAGUUACCCCAUAACCAUGCACACACCCAGGGGGAGGGGCCAAAGUUACUCCAUAACCACACACACACCCAUGGGGAGGGGCCAAAGUCACAUCAUCACCACACACACACCCAUGGGGAGGGGCCAAAGUCACACCAUAACCACACACACACCCAUGGGGAGGGGCCAAAGACACAUCACCACACACACACCCAUGGGCAGGGGACAAAGUCACACCAUAACCACACGCACACAUAGGGGGAGGAGUCAAAGACACAUCAUCACCACACACACACCCAUGGGGAGGAGUCAAAGACACAUCAUCACCGCACACACACCCAUGGGGAGGAGUCAAAGACACAUCAUCACCACACACACACCCAUGGGGAGGGGCCAAAGUCACACCAUAACCACACGCACACAUAGGGGGAGGAGUCAAAGUCACAUCAUCACCACACACACACUCAUAGGGAGGGGCCAAAGUCACAUAAUCACCACACACACACCCAUGGGGAGGGGCCAAAGACACAUCAUCACCACAC